UCUACUUGAUCCCAGAACAGAAUGGGAGGCAAGAUCGACUGCUACGUGGACAUUGCGUCUCUCUACAGUUACCUCGCCUUCCUCGAGCUCCAAAAGAACCGCGACCUCCUAGCCUCUCAGAAUGUCCAAGUCGAAUAUCACCCCUUCCUCCUAGGCGGAAUAAACGCCGGAUCAGGCAACCGCCCGCCCUGGACCGUCCGCGCCAAAGCUAAGUACCUAGCCCACGACGCGCGCCGUUCCAUCGCCCGCCAUGACCCGCUGCCGCCGCCCAUCUCCUUCCCCCGGGACCUCAUGCAGCGCGGCAUGACCGUCGUCCCGAUGCGCUGCCUCCUGUACAUCAAGCGCCGCUACCCGGCGGCAGUCUUUGAUGCGGUCCUGCACUAUCUGUUUCAUCUCUUCUGGUCACCGCCCAACAUGGACCUGACGACGCCGGAGAGCGUGGCGAAGGCGCUUGUGACGGUCCCGAGGGGAUUCAGGGGGCCUGGCACUGGCAUAGGGGAGGGCCAGGGGGGCAGAUUGUUUACGGAGGCGGAGGUGAGGGAGAUUGUGGAGGGUGCCUUGUCGGAGGAGAUCAAGGUUGGGUUGAAGAGCACGACGCAGGAGGCGUUGGAUAAGGGGGCGUUUGGGGCGCCGUGGCUGUGGGUUGUUGAUGAGCGGACGGGGAGGGGAGAGCCGUUUUUCGGGAGUGAUCGGUUUCACUUUGUGUACAAAUUCCUGGGGCUGCCGUAUACGGACGUCACGCUGCUGCCGGCAGCCGGAGCAAAGGCGAAGCUCUGAUGGGCGCUGGAGGAGUUGUACUGUAGUUGGAUGGCAUGAUCCUCUUGUAAAUUUUGCGAUGAAGUUUGUGAAUUCUAUCCCAACGGGUAUUCCGCCC